CCACCACUACCAAUACCACCACUACAACCGUCUAACCUUCUUUCAACGCCAGCAUAUACACACGCACACAAUUUUACAAUAGUCACCCGUUUGUUUGUUUGUUUUCGGUUUUCUCACUAUCACUCGUUAUUAUUCUUAAUAUUUACAUCUUACAAAUACAACGUUAUUAUUGUACAUCAAAUGCAGUCGUCAUUUGUUACCUUUCCAAUGACAGCUGCCACAUAUUUCCUUUACGAGUCGACGUUUAUUGAUGAUCAAACAUUAUCAAGAUAAUUUACACCUACGUGAUGCAGUUGUUUCCAAGUCGGUCGCAGCUGCACGAGAUGCUGCAUUGUGCUGAAGAAUGCUUUGAAACAAGUUCUGUCACUUGUAUGAUGUUUGGAGAAUUUUGCAUAUUUGCUACAGAACUUGAGCGCUUAUGCGAACGAGGAGUACCUGUUCCUAUGAGCGCCAAUCUUUCAGUGCAUUGUGAUGGAAAGGAUAUUAAUUUUAAACCCAAUUCAAAGAGAAUGGCAAGCGAGGUAUUUUUGGGUGGAUCUUGUAACCCCACAACUUGGAGGUCAGACGUGGCGAUACCAACACUCCAGAGUCUUGGAAUCACAUAUUAUAAUCCCCAAGUUUCACAAUGGGGGCCAGAACUGAUAGCUCAAGAAUAUGAAGCUAAACAGGCAGCAAGGGUCUUACUAUUUGUUAUAGACAACCAAACACGCAACACUGCAGGUAUUAUAGAAGCAGCUCAAUUGGCAGCUACGCGCAGCAAUUCCUUAAUACUUGUUAUUUAUCCUUAUCGACCUGGUCAAAGCAUACUUGGAGAAAAUGUUUCGAUGCAAGAAUACUAUGACUUGAUGAAUGGGCUACUAGUACUUCAAAAUCUCGUGGAACGGCAGAGAAUACCAAUAUUCGGGAACAUAUCGAUUGCUCUCAAUUGUACAUCUAAGAUACUCCGUGAUGCUAUUAAUGUACAAGACUUAAAUGUUGAAGAUGGAAUUAGGCCACUUCGGUUGGGAACUGACCUCAUAAAAUUGAAUGAGAUAUUUAGGUCUAUGGAUGUUAAUAACACUGGAACAGUAAGCUUGGGCGAAGCAUGGAUUGCAUUACAGUCUAAUGCAAAAAGUAAUGUAUCGGUUGCAGAUUCGCUCAACGCUAUACACAAUUCAGAUGUAUAUGAGACAUUGAUAGCGAAUUUUUCGACAAGAGAUGAUCCGGCUGAAUAUCAAAUUAAUUUUGAACAAUUCUGUGCGGUCGCAACUGAGUGGGCUUGGAAAUUAAAAAAUAACAGCGUUGCCAGUGAAAGUGAGAUACCUUCAAUUUGGAGUAUAUUUUAUAAGAAGGCUUCAAAGUUCCUCCACAGAGCUUUCAUUCACCCUUUUAACAACUUUAUAGGUAUUUUCUGUUCAAACAGUCUUCUGCUAACUGGCUGGCCCAACACUUUAAUACCAGAGUCGGAAAAUCGAGAUAUAUUUGUUGGUGUGACUGGGAAAGAUAUAUUCUGGUUAAAUUCGACGGCUGCACCUCAAAUAAAAUCGGUGGGUUUAUCUGUGUACAAAGCAGAUUUAAAUGAAUAUGAUUUGAGGAUAUUAUCUCAACAAUUACAACAUAUGAAAGCAUCACAUAUAAUUUUACUAAUCGUCCCGCCCCAUUCGAGGGGCAUAUCUGUAAUGGCAUUGGCAGCUCAUUUCAUAGGACUCCGCUCAAAACUUGUUUUAUGCAUUCAGAGUCUUCCUGAUGAUUGUACAAUUUCUGGAGAAAAGCUAACUCAACAAGCUAUUAAGGACUAUAAUCGAGGAAGAAUGUAUUUAUCAGACUAUGCGACUCGCGAAGGUGUACCUGUAUUUCAAAAUAUUACCGAUGCUUUACAGCAUGCGAUAGAAGAAGUUCAACGUCGUUAAUUUUUAUAUAAUAGCUCCUCAAUUCUAAACUAAUUUAUUUUAUUUUUAUUUUACCAUUUUACUAUUUUUUUUUUAUUUUUUUUUUUUUCUCUUUUGUUUUGUCUUUGUUUAAAAUUAUUUUUACAGUAACUUAACUUGACAAUUUUUUGUAAUAUUUGGUAACUGGUUGAGGAUUGAUUAUAGUGUAUAUAUCAUUAAUUAUUCUAACGGCUGUAGUUAAUUUCAACUGAGAGCAGUCAUAACGAAAAAACGUAAAACGUUGAUUUUGAUGAAAAUAACAGUUUUAACCACACACUCUCACACACACAGACACACAUACACGCGCA